GGACAGACCUGACAACAAGCUAUCGGAUGUGAGCCUUUGAUAUGGGCGCUGCGCUGGACAUUAUUUGGAUAACAAAUAACACAUGAACAAAGCCUUACAAACGUUUAAUUGUCAUUAUACAUACACUAUAACUGCCCUUCUGCAUUCUAACAAUGCCGAGCAAUAAGCUUGAGAAACCCGAGAAGCAGGACGUCAACGAUAACGUCAAGGUGGUGGUAAGAUGUCGUCCCUUCAACCAGAAAGAGAAGAUGAUGAAUCACAAACAGGCUGUCAUUGUGGACGAGAUCCGUGGGACCAUAACGGUCAACAAACUGGAGACUCCCCACGAGCCUCCUAAGACCUUCACAUUUGACACUGUGUUUGGACCAGACAGCAAACAGCUGGAUGUCUACAAUCUCACUGCCCGCCCCAUCAUUGACUCAGUAUUAGAGGGAUACAAUGGCACCAUUUUUGCAUACGGGCAAACUGGCACAGGAAAAACAUUCACCAUGGAGGGUGUGAGAGCAGUGCCAGAACUCAGAGGGAUAAUCCCAAACUCCUUUGCUCAUGUUUUUGGUCACAUUGCCAAGGCAGAGGGUGACACAAGGUUUUUGGUUCGUGUUUCGUACCUGGAGAUUUACAAUGAGGAAGUGCGAGACUUGUUGGGCAAGGAUCAACUGCAGAGGCUCGAGGUGAAAGAAAGACCAGAUGUUGGUGUGUAUAUCAAAGACCUCUCUGGUUACGUCGUGAACAAUGCUGACGACAUGGACAGGAUUAUGACGAUGGGCCACAAAAACCGGUCUGUCGGAUCAACAAACAUGAAUGAACACAGCUCCCGUUCUCAUGCUAUCUUCACCAUCACCAUUGAAUGCAGUGAGAAGGGUGUGGAUGGAAACCAGCAUGUCCGCAUGGGAAAGCUUCAUCUGGUUGAUCUUGCAGGCUCGGAGAGACAGGGCAAGACUGGAGCCACAGGUCAGCGUUUAAAGGAAGCGACAAAGAUCAAUCUCUCUCUCUCCACACUGGGCAAUGUCAUCUCUGCCCUGGUGGAUGGCAAGAGCACUCACGUACCCUACAGGAACUCUAAACUAACCCGUCUGUUGCAGGAUUCAUUAGGAGGAAACUCCAAGACCAUGAUGUGUGCAAAUAUAGGUCCUGCAGACUAUAACUAUGAUGAAACCAUCAGUACCCUGCGCUAUGCUAAUAGGGCUAAAAACAUCAAGAACAAAGCCAGGAUCAAUGAGGAUCCUAAGGAUGCCCUAUUGCGCCAGUUUCAGAAGGAGAUUGAGGAGCUAAAGAAGAAACUGGUGGAAGGUGAAGAGAUCUCUGGCUCAGAGGGCAGUGGAUCAGAAGAGAUGGAUGAAGGUGAUGAUGAAGGAGGGGUGGCAGGAGAAGGCUGCAGGAGAAAAAGAGAAGAAAGAGGGAGGAAGAAGGUUUCCCCAGACAAGAUGGUGGAGAUGCAGGCAAAGAUUGAAGAGGAAAGAAAGGCCUUGGAGGCUAAGCUGGACAUGGAGGAAGAGGAGAGGAACAAGGCAAGAGCAGAGCUGGAGAAGAGGGAGAAGGACCUUCUUAAAGCCCAGCAGGAGCAUCACCUUCUGCUGGAUAAGUUGUCGGCCUUAGAGAAGAAGGUAAUUGUGGGUGGGGUGGACCUCUUGGCCAAGGCUGAGGAGCAGGAGAAGCUUUUGCAGGAGUCCAACAAUGAACUGGAAGAACGUCGCAGGAGGGCGGAACAGCUGCGGAGGGAGCUAGAGGAGAAAGAGCAAGAACGCCUGGACAUAGAAGAGAAGUACACUAGUCUGCAGGAGGAGGCUCAGGGAAAGACCAAGAAGCUGAAGAAAGUAUGGACCAUGCUGAUGGCUGCCAAAUCCGAAAUGGCCGAUCUACAGCAAGAGCACCACAGAGAGAUCGAGGGCCUCCUGGAGAACAUUCGCCAGCUGAGUCGAGAGCUGCGACUCCAAAUGCUCAUCAUAGACAACUUUAUUCCCCAGGAAUACCAGGAGAUGAUAGAAAAUUACGUGCACUGGAAUGAAGACAUUGGAGAAUGGCAGCUGAAAUGUGUGGCAUACACUGGCAACAAUAUGAGAAAACAAACCCCUGCUCCAGACAAAAAAGAAAAAGAUCCAUUUGAGGUGGAUCUGUCCCAUGUGUAUCUGGCCUACACGGAGGAGAGCAUGCGGCAGUCACUGAUGAAACUAGAGAGACCCAGAACCUCUAAAAGUGGCAAAAGUGGCCGACCCAAGACUGGCCGAAGGAAAAGAUCUGCAAAGCCAGAAGCUGUGAUCGAAUCCCUUCUGCAGUGAAGACAGCAUAACGGAGAAACUUGUUUCACCUUAGCUUUUGUCUUACUUUAGGAAACGAAGUCAUGAGUCGAGUCUGAAAAAUUAAUUGUUGAACAUUAUUUAAAAGAUUAUCUGAAUACACUGUAUAGCUGAUAUGGUUUUAAAUGUGACGGAGUUGCACCUGUGACAGGAGAAAGGCCUGUUAUUAUCCUCUGUUAUCUGUAUUAUAGUGGAAGACUUCUAAGUGGAUGUCCAACAUGUUGAUGUAGCUUUGGAACACAUUCUUUUGGCAGCAGCUUCUGUUCAAACACAGCUCUAUAACAAGGAGGAAUUUAGAAUAACCAUGUUUAACAUGCAACCCCACUCUGAAAGACGAUGUUUAAAACAGAGUUGUGGACAUGAACUAAAAACUGAAUUCAUGUCCUUUUGAAAUGUGUGGUGUGUUGCAACGAAUACCACAUUGUUUAAGUUGUAACUUCUUUAUUACAGAUUUCCUGCUAUGUAAGAAACGGAUUCAUAUUAAACGGCCCAUGCUGAUAGGAAUACA